AUGUUAGAAUUAUUUGUGGAUAAACAUAUAGAAUAUAUUUUAUCUUUUAGCUCAAGAAAUUUAAUUGAUUUCUCUGAAGAGCAUUAUAAAAAAUUACAAAAUAUAAAUUGGGUACUUAAUGCAUUAUUUAUUAUUGAUAGAAAGGAUUUAAUUCCUCGAGAUAAUGUUAUUGAUUUUGUUAUGUCGUGUAAAUAUGAAGAUGAUUCUAUUGAAGGGUUCGGACAAAUUCCUUUUUCAGAUCCUCAUCUUUUGAAUACAUUGUAUGCUGUUCAAAUUUUGGCUAUCUGUGAUUCUAUUGAUAAAAUAAAUCCUGAAAAAAUAGCAAAAUAUAUUUCUUCUCUCCAGGACCCUGAAACAGGCUCAUUUAAAGGGUAUUUAUGGAGCGAGAUUGAUGCUAGGUUCAUGUAUGGAGCAGUCUGUUGUUUAUCAAUUAUUGAUCGUCUUGAUGUGAUUAAUAGCGAAAAAGCGAUUGAAUGGAUUCUUAAAUGUCAAAAUUGUGAUGGUGGUUUUGGCGAAAUUCCCGGAGCAGAAUCUCAUGCUGGUCAUGUACUCUCAUGUGUGGCGACUCUUUCUUUGUUCAAAAGGCUUGAUCUAAUAGAUGUUAACUUAGUUAGUUCAUGGUUAUCAGAACGUCAAGUUUUAAGUGGUGGUUUAAAUGGCAGACCUGAAAAAGCAGAAGAUGUCUGUUAUUCAUGGUGGGUAUUUUCACCUCUUGUUAUGAUGAAUAGAUCUCAUUGGAUUGAUAAUGAAAGUUUGGUAAAUUAUAUUCUUUUAUGUCAGGAUUCUGAAAAAGGGGGCAUUUCUGAAAGACCAAAAGGUGAUCCAGAUUUAUUUCAUACAUCUAUUGGUAUUAUUUCUUUGUCUAUUCUUAAAUAUCCUGGUCUUUUAGAAAUGAGUCCUGAUUAUUUUUUACCUAUGAAGAUUCUUCAAAAAUUAAAAAAGAAUAAACAUAAUUAA